UGUGGUAUCCUGAGGAAGGAGUAUCGAGAGAACAAGCACUGUACGGGUCACAUGUUUUUUUUUUUUUUAUACAGGUUCUCCACCCGGCUGUGUAAACUUCGAUUUCGAACGAGGAAAUCUCUACGGAUGGACGAAAUCAGGCACUGCAUUUAACUUUCAACCAACUUAUGGCGACAAUCCGACUGCUCGUCGGAGACGUCAGCCCGCAAGGAUGCAAGGGAAAUGGUGGAUUGGAACAUUUGAAAAGCGCCCAAAUCCGCACAGCCGCGCCGGAGCAAUACAGGGAGAUCGCCCAACUGGAACACUGUCAUCUAGGCGGUUCCGAAUCGUAGGGAAUCACAUUGACUUCCUGAUUGGUGGAGGAUGUAACAUUCACUACACCCGGGCGGAACUUGUUAUCGAUGGCCGAGGCGUAGUGCUUCGUUCCAAAGGUAAAGUAGAGUGUUUUAUUCUCUUCCGUUGAUCAGAAAUCGAGAAGGUUCUAUUACCUUCCAAGGAACGCAUAGUAAGCAGUCAAAAUGGAGAAGAAGACGACGAUUCCCAUAGGAGCUUUUUCUGUCUUAUGCUUGUCGCUUCUCCACUGACAUCACAAGACUAACUAAGACGGACUGGUAAUGCCUUUAAGACAACUGCGACUAUCUUAACCCAACAUUGCAGAUCUUUGCAAAACUCGAAUGUAUGCAUACGCUUGCAUAGAGCGGUUGUCAAUGGAGUGUCGAAUGUAAUUAAAAAAUUACUUUUGGUUUUGCUACGAUUUGAAAUUGGGUGAGUAGUCUAAUUGGUAAGUAAUUGGUUUGAUUUUGGUUUUAAGACACUCAGUUGAAAACCGCUCUUUGGUAACAAUUCCAGAUUUCAAUUCUAUCUGUAAUUUCACUUGAGGAUCAUAGAUCCUCAGAUCUCCAAAAGAGGAAGAAAAUGCCGAACGCUGAACGAAGUUGGAUUUUGAUGAUCUGAACAACUAUUUUUUUGGGGGGCGACAGGACGUUGUACCGAAACCAUGACGCGCAGAAGAUGGAACGUACGGGCGUAUAUUGGCAGGACCGGUUUUGUCCGGCUUGUGGAUUAUGGCUCAGGUGGAUGGGGGCAUAUCAACUUUGAUGACCUGAGAGGAAAUAUCCGAUGCGAAAAGAUUUGUAAGCACGCUCUUGGUAUGCAAAAUCGUCGGAUCCCUAAUCACGCAAUCACAGCGUCUUCCAGCUGGGACGCAAAUCACGCUCCCCAUCUUGGACGUCUGCAUUUCACUGCCCGUGGUAGAUUACAAGGCGCGUGGAGCUCACGUUACAACAAUCACUUUCAGUUUUUUCAAGUUGACUUUCGGAAACCAACCAAGGUCUCACAUGUGGCCACGCAAGGCAGACAGAAUGCAAAUCAGUGGGUGACACAAUAUCGACUUGCUCACAGUCAGGACGGGAUGAACUGGGCUCUUUACAAGCUGCGAGACGGAAUCAAGGUAAGAAGAUUCGUAAAUAAGCACAGAUAAUUCCUCAAAAAAAGACAUCUUUCCUUUAUGUUAAUGUUAGGAUACCCACGUAAAAAGGCGCAACCAUUUUCUCAGGGUUUCUCAUUGAGAGUGCUCUAUUCUCCGGAAUAUAUCGGGUUAACGUCGGAAGUGCCAAAUAUAUUCUGAGUUCGUCGGAGGAACCUGGUAAAUAACUAGCAUUUUAAUGCAGUUAAAAUUGUAAUUUCGCGAAUCUUUCACCUCAACUUCCGUGUUGUUCUUUUUUUGCAAGUGUAAGAGUAUCCACACGUGCACUGAUGUGUACCUAUUUUCUUGUACCUAAAUUUUGCUAACGUUUCAACUCAA